UUAGGUAUCCAUUCGGGUAUGAAACGAUCCUUUCAAGUAUCAAGAUUCUGGGUUUUAAAAUUAGGCUCGUUUGGAUAUUAUAAAUUUAUGGAUGGAGUCCGAGUCGAAUCCUCCUCGAUUCGGUUAGUUCAGUUAUGAUGUGUAAGAAUCUAAAAAAUAUCCAAAUAACCUAUGUAUUUAGAAAUGUCAUAAAAAAUUAUAAAAAAAGUAAAACAUAUUAUCCGCGCGGGCGCAUGGAUCAAGAUCUAGUUUAUAUUUAAAAUAAAAUAAAAAUAAAGGAUGGGCAGGUAGCUUUUUAUAUAAAAUGAGCUUUUUGUCAUUAAUUUUUUAUAUAUAUUUUGGUGCAUUAAAAUAAAAAUGUAACAAGAGGGUUACAAACUUACAAUAAGGUGAUCAUAGCUUUUUGUCAUUAGUUAGAUAAUAUUAGAUUAUCAUUCAUAUAAUUAAAAAUAUAUUUCCUCGUAUUUUUUUUUUCUUACACCAUUAAAAAUAAUUUCCAUAAAUAAACUGUAAUAAAAGAAUAACCAAACAUGAAAGUUUGUUUUCAAGUAAAUGCGAAAACUAAACAACAGAUUAAAACGUGUCAUUCAUUGAUUUUAUUAAUUAUCACUACUAUAUAGUUAAAAAAAAAUAUCGGGUUCAUGAGAGUCAGCUGGCACCUACCUAUCAUAUGUGUCCUCCCUUACGUGGUGGUUUGUGAAUUGUGAGAGAAAGUUCACAUACAUGUCCGAACAAAAGAGAGAAGAAGUGGGAGACUCUCUGUAGUCUCUACCUGGCCAGAGGGCAGAGACUUUCGUAUUAACAAUCCUUUUAGCUCGAAAGCAAUUUUUCCUUUAUUUCUGUAACGUCCCAUCUUACGUGCUUUAGUAAAAUACAUUUCAGACGUUUCCCAAGUAAAGAAAUUCCUACGAAUGCAAAUCACACAAUCAUUGUUAUGGUCCUUAUCGAUGCUCAAUUCAUAUCGUACGCUUGGUUGGAGUUGUGUCGGUUAAUAUAAGAUCCGGCCCCAACCCCAACGCAUUACGACAUGAGAGUACGGACAAUAACAACAUAACGCAUACACUGUUCUAAGCUCAAUCACAAACCUCGGAUCCUUCUAGCUCAAAAAUUGACCUACUAGUUAUAUCUACGCCUAUAUAUGGUAAACAAACCCUAACGAAAACUAAAAGAAAACAAAAGAAGCGAGAACAACAUGAAGCUGCUAGGUUGGAUGCGAACUAUAAACCUAAGUUGCUUUGAUCCAUCAAAGGAGUUCAAAGGUGGUUUCUGUUGUCUAAGAGCUCACGUUACCUCUGAAGUCCGAGACAUCCGAACAAACUCCUUCUCCUUCUCCAGAUCAUCUCAUGACCCCAAUCCACCGAAAACUGAUGAGGAACUUUGGUUUGAUGAAGGCAGGUUCAGCGGCUUUCUGGCGAUCGGUACGCUUGGUAGAGAUCCUGAAACACCAAAAUUCACAUCUUCCAUUGCUGAAGAUGAUGUAACCGUGGCAAAGCUCGUUACUGAGAAACUAGACAAGUUUCUUGAGGAAUAUUCUGAUGAGGAUAGUAGCAGUAAGCAGGUAGAAAUAUCGAAGGCAGAAUAUGGUCUCUUUGGAUCAUCCACUGAGCUUACGAAGAGAGGCAAUGAAGUAAAGAAGAUGAAGGGUUUACUUAAAAACCUCUUCAAGAGAAGAAAGGCAGUAGAAGGAGAGUGUAACUCAAUGGAGAAACAAGGGACCAGAGAUUUGAUUAAAAGGAUAUUUAAAAUGCUCCACGUCUCUCCUUCAAAGACGAGAAAUGAUGAUACCUACGAUGACGAUGAUUAUUCCAUGCACAAGAAGAAAGAUAUAAGAAAGAGUGGUCAAAUCUUCCAAAGUAAAGUCCAUCCUGUUAUGUGUACACCUGAAAGAGACGAUAACAAGAUAGACGACAGAAGAAGCUGCAAACUCAAGAUCCCGAGUCUUAAUGGAGGGUUUCUCGUUCCAAGUUCCAUCUCCAAAGUGAACAGGAAAAGAGAAAAUUGGAUCAGGACUGACGCAGAGUAUCAUGUUCUGGAACUGUGAAGAUCAACACACUGCAACAAAACUCCAUUGAUCCAGCCAAAGUUCACUCCUAUCAAACAUAUAUAUAUAUAUAUAUAUAUCUAUACAUAUCUACAAAAUCAUUGUCUAGUAAUGUGUAGUGAGAUUGUACGAGUUUUCAGGUCCAGAACUUCCUAGUUAUUCAGAAAAAAAAACACAUAUGUAUAAUUAUACACACAUAUCUACAAAAUCAUUGUCUCAAAUGUGUAGUCCGGAGGUUAUGUAUUCUACUUUAAGGUAAUGAAUAAGAAACUUCAAUUCUAUAAAAGUAUAGUACCAUAAUUUAAACACAUUCGCAGUAGUGAUUUUAGCCACAAUUAUUAACCGGUCACAAAAUGUCACAUCUCAGCUCCAAACGAGUAACAACUGCUCACAAAAUGUGUAACAUAUACGACCCUCUUUGACUCUUGAGCUUGCAUUCUCAACACCAUUCGUGCAAGCCAUAUAAGUUAAGAAUAUUAACACCUCUGGAACUCCGUGGGGGUAGUUAUAAAAAUAGAGAAGAAACAGAGUUACUAUGAUGCUUCUUAGAUUAUAUUUAAUUUUUAUUUUUUUUGAACAAGAUUAUGUUUAAUUAAUUUACUGAAAAUCAGGUCCAGUGUUACUGAUCAAAGAGUGAAACAAACAAAAAGGAAACCCAAACCACUAAGAAAACUAUCAAGUAGACACAUAUAUCUUGAUAUCAUCUUUCAGGAAUAGUAAUCUACUUUAUAUCA